AUGGAUCACCACUACCAUCAACCAAUUUGGCCAUUGCUUGAGGGCGCGUAUGACUAUACAAUGAAUGUUAUCGGCGAGGCUUGGUCGAUGAUGUGGAAGACGGUGGAGCAGCCGAGGGUGCAGCCGGUGAGGGAAAGGGCGGCGCAGAGCUUGCAGCAAGAGCAGACGAUUAAAGCGACGUUUGAUCAUGGCAUACCGACGGUGGAUUGCAUGGUUAGAGAUGCGAAGGAUGCCUGA